CCCGCAGUGGAGCAGAGAGAGCACUCCGCACCAGUCCCACUCUGACUCUCAGACCUCUUUGUCGUUGACUCGCAGGAAAAUCGUACUUUUAUACUGAGGCUAAAUUUAGGGGGCUGGUCGGUGCGCAGCGUCCCCAUCCUGGACACGCUUCCUUCCCCCAGCCUCGCAUUGGUCUGGUUUGUGCAGCGAACGAUAUUUAUAAGAUAAGCAGCUCCUUCCAGGCGCACAGCUACACAUGAGAGACGAGCAACAGUUCAUCGGACGACAGAAGAAGCGACGCGAUCUGUAGCUUUUUCUGGAGACUGGGUGGACUCUGGUGAUUUCCUUCAACAGAUAAAGUUUCUUUUCUCAACAUUUGAGGGAUUUUGUUUACUUUUUUAAAAAAACGUAUGGAAAUGGCCUUGAGUGGGACCAUUUUACCAUCAAUCUCUACAUUUGCCAACCAAAAGGAGAAAUGUUGGGAAGAUAGGUGGAAGGGCGGCAUGAGCAGUGUUUCGCCUGACUUGGAAAGCAGCUGCCGGGGCAGAAAAGACGAAGAGGACCUGGAUAAGUUCUUGGACCUUGAGUUUAUUCUCGCAAACACAGCUGGCUCUGACUGUGCGCCAGCCAGCGGGACGGCGGUAGAUUCCUAUCGGCUCCAGGAGUCCGGGCCGUCCGUGUAUCACCAGCAGCAGCAUACCGGGAUGUCCCAGCCGCAGUCCAAUUACACCUCCGUCCCAGACAUGAACUGUCCUCCUCCGCCCUACAACAGUUUGAUGGCGGAGCUCCUCCGAUCCGACGUGGAUACGAGCUUCCUCCCCGGGAACAGUCCCAGCAUCCAAGGCAGAUUCCUGGUCAGCUCCACACCUUUCCAGACCACUCAGGAUUUAUUCCCCGAGCAUUCGAGCAUUAAAGCGGAGCCCGCCUCCAUGGACACAUACGGACCCGUCAUGGGUCUAGUGCCUCAGAGCUGCACCAAAAUCAAGCACGAAGGGAACGUCUCCUGCAUGAUGUCGUACGAGCAGCAGCCGCGGCUGGCCAACUCCCCGCAGGCCGCGCUCGGCAGCAUGACACCGCCGCUCAGCCCGGACGACCUGAUGAGCUCCGAGUGCCACCAGCCCCAGAUGUGCAACACCACCUCGCUGACGUUCCCGCAGAGUUUCCACUCACACCACCGCAGCGCGCCCGGGGGAUUCCCUCACCCGCACACCGGGAUGCAACUCCCUUUCACCGGGACGCACCACCAUCACCAGUUUACUGGAAUGUUCGGAGAGGACGCAGCCAUGGGUAUGCAGCAGCAGCCGGCAGCCGGCCAGCGGAUCCUACUCACCCCACCGUCCUCCCCGUUGGAAAUGAUGGACACCAAACCAAAGAGGGGUCGCCGGUCCUGGCCCAGGAAACGGACAGCGACACAUACCUGCACUUUUACCGGCUGUGGAAAGACAUACACCAAGAGCUCCCACCUGAAGGCGCACCUCAGGACACACACAGGAGAGAAACCAUACCACUGCAGCUGGGAGGGUUGCGGCUGGAAGUUCGCUCGUUCCGAUGAGCUUACGCGUCACUUCCGGAAGCACACCGGACACCGGCCGUUCCAGUGUCACCUGUGUGAACGGGCAUUCUCCCGGUCCGACCACCUCGCCCUGCACAUGAAGAGGCACAUGUGAGGGAAGUCCUGAAGAUCAAAAUGGAGCAGAUGAAGACUUAUAUGCUCUGCGUAAACCCCAUAAAAACUGCAGUAAUCCUACAAUCAGCUAAAAAUGAUGCUAUGCAAAUAUAUAGAGGCAAGUUCCUGUAGGAGUUGCCCACAGGAGUAUGAACUGUAGUGGUACCAUCGCAGCAUAAACAGCCAUACAGUCUGAUGAGGCCACUAUUGACUACACUGUAAUGCCUAGUUAUAUUUCUAGGAAUAUUAUACUGAUUUUUCAUUGGGGUAAAAGGAGCAUCAAGACGAAAUGUCUUCAAAUUAUAUUUUGGAGGAAAAAACUAUUUAAAUGUUAUUUUUGAGAAAAACGACAUACUCACCACAAACCAAAGAGCAAAUAUAGCCAGAUAUGACAGAAACAGAUUCAUUCUGUUCAGACUUUUUUCCUGUAGCUGGUACUACUUUUUGUAUGGAAUGUUGUUUAUAUAGACAACAGAUUAAAGGAACAUUCCACUCAACAUGUCAGGCACAUGCAACUGAAACAACUGGAAACAGACAAUUCCUCUGGAGCGCUUUUUUUCUUGGUAUUUUCAUUAUUAGUGCCUUCUAUAAUGCAUUAUUACACAUCUUACGAGUGCCAUAUCCUUCACUGGCUAAAAGACAAUCAAAGUUUUAUUCUGUGUGUUAUAUUGUAUUUAUAAACUGCACGUGAAAUAAGCUUUGAGACAAUGUUUUGUUCUAAAACUGCCUUUCAUUCUGUCCUCCUCAAAGGCUUGAAUUGAAUGUCGUGUCUGUGAAUCUGUUGUCUAGCAUUUGAAGUCAGGGCCUUACAGACGUCUCACAGAAGUGCAUGCCAUCUCAACACCACCUGAUUGACAAAGGGCUAUACAGUCUUUGGCAAUAAGACUUGUUUGUUUUUGUCUUGAAGAAAUGUACUGCCUUGUAAAUAGAAUUUUUAAAAUAUAAUGUAAAUAGUUUAUUUUAAUGUACAUAUUAAACUAAAUGAACAACAUGA